AUGUCAUCUUCCUCCGAGUCUUACUUGGAAAGCGAUCCGACAGUGUCCUCAAAAACAUUUUCUUUAACAUUACGUCCACAAUUGUUUUUUGCCAAAGCUCAACAUGCUGUGGCAAAAAAAUCUCAACAAAGAGCAUUAUCAUGCUUUACGGGUAGUUGGGACAUUACCAGUAGAUUUAAAACGGAACAUAACUCUUCCACUAAUUUCUGGAAGUACUCCCCGAGGAUUUGGACGUGGCCUUGGAUAGGAUCGCUCUGCAGUUAUACUCGGGACCCUCUUGGCUUUAUUCAGACACAACAUCGAUCUCAGGGUGAUGUUUUCACAACGACCAUUUUGGGAUACAAUUGUACCUUCAUCCAGUCCAAUGAAUACAUCCAAUCCUUUGCUACUGCCACGCGGAAAGUUUUGGAUGUAACAGCGGCCUACAAGCUUAUUGCUGCACCGCUCAUCGGAGAAGAGGCGUUUUUUGGUCAAACAAAGUAUAUGCACCAAGUAGUGCUUUCAAAAUCGAGAACUGAGCUACUUCAUCAGCGUCUUUGGGAGUUGGCGGAAGAGCUGCUUGAAAUCAAAUGGGCACAGUGUUUCUCAAGCGGUGAUCAAACUGAAGUUAGAAAUUGGCAAAAAAUCGAUCUUGGCCAAAUGCUAGAUUACGUCAUUUUCGGGCUGGACGUAUUCUUUCUGAUCGGAGAAGAGAUGGUUAACGUAAAUCUGGACCGGAUAUCGCAUCUGUUUAGAGUUAUGGACUCGGAUCUUAGCCUUUUGGGGAUUCUAUUACCGAUGAUUAGAGGUGGUCGCUGCCCACGGAAGGAGGCCAAGAAUGAACUACUGGGGUUUUUGAAACGAGACGUGCAGAGGCGUAUAGAGCGCCAUGUGCAACACGCUGUCAAUUCAGCUUUUGGAUCGAGUCAGUCCGAUUGUGCGGAGACUUGGCCUGACGGCCCCGAGGAAGAUUCACAAGAGCUACCAGAUAUCCUGUUACGCUCAGAGCUCAAGGAAUUGGAUGAGGCGAUACUCUUCGAUUAUCACCGGGGUGAAAGUUCAGCCAUCAAACUAAUCAAUGAAAAGGUAGAAUUUAUCGCCAUAUUCAUUUACGGGUUCGUUUGGGCAGCCCAGACAAAUUCAGCCGCUGCAACUAUUGGGCUUGUACAUGAUAUUCUACUUCACGAUCAGUCUCAAGCCCUUUCAGAUGAACACAGUCCAUGUUUCUCUCAUGCCGAGCAAAUCCGGCGAGAAUGCGCUUCUGCGGUCGUCAAAGACACUCCGAGCCCUGCACCAUUUCUCGAAGACAUGCCACACCUUGCCCAUUGCCUCAACGAAACUCUGAGAUUGCGUGCGACGGGAGCCUGGGUCAGACUGGCGGACAAGUCUUUCCAUCUUUCGCCUCAAGGAAACCAGACAUCAGGCGUCAUCUGCCCUCCUGGAUUCAUCGUUCUUUCACCCAUGCCAGUUUCCCUGAACCCCAGUACCUACCCAAAUCCAAGCCGAUGGGACCCUUAUCGAUAUGAACGCGCACCUUUCAUUUCCUCUCCUUCAGGCUCGAAUAAAGAUGCUGCUAGGCAUAUUCCAAUCGAUAAACAAUACUUGGUCCCACCCACUACGCCAUCAAGUCCCUACUUCGCCUCUUGGGGUUUAGGUCAGGGACAUUGUCCUGGUAAACACUUGGCUUACAAGAUGAUUUCAAUGACGGUUGCAAGAUUUUUUGAUAAAUUCGAAGUUCGCCCAACUAAGGAGUAUUUCGAAAACGCCAAUUUCGAAGACGUUGCGGUAGCAGGGGUACAAAGAUUAAAGAAUGAAUUCACGGUUCUAAUUCGUAAGAGGGUUUGA